UCGUCUAUGUUCGCGCAUUUUGCGCGUUUCCAGAUCGGCACCGCCAGAAGCUGACAGGCUGAAAGAAGAGAGAGGCGCGUCAUCGUGCGCAGGACGAGCACUUGGCUGCCAGACGAGUUUAAACUGUCCGCUGAACGACGCGCAGCUCCCACAUCCAAUUUAACCUGACCUGAUGGUGUAAUCCACAGACGUUUUGCCUUUGACCGACAAGCGCUCAAUCCGCUUGUGCUCGCUGUGCAAAGUGCUGCGCUGACAGAAAGCUGAUCUCACGCACGAUUCCUGCUACGGAACCCCGGUUUGGCUGCACCGUGCACAGAGGAGCACCGUUCCGUUACGCGGUGUUUUACGCGCAGCCAAACGAGCGCACCGACCAUGUCGGCGGCGACGGCCUCGGUCGUAGAUGUGCCCAGAAGCGAAUUCACGACGGAAAACGACGCGCGUGUCCGGAACACCUCAGCUCUUCUGCAGCCUCAGUGCACGCCCAUCCCCUUGCCAGCACUGGGCACCCAGAUGAUUCUCCAGGGCAAUGGCACCAACGUGGGCACAGUCAUUUCUCUGAAGUGCCCGGCCAAACACAAACUGAUAGGAGGGACUCUGGUCUGUGUCAUGGACAUCAACAGCACAAAGUGGGUGGGCGAGACCUACUGUAAACCCAUGCCUCCAUUUGGGGACUUUGGUUUCUGUGUGGCUGUGCUGGCGUCUAUUGUCAGCUCAGCCAUCAUCUUGAUCAUGUCCAUGGCCUUCAUCACCUGCUGUUUGCUGGACUGCAUGAGCAAGAACAAAAUGGAGAGGGAGUCAGAUGUGGGACUGUGGGAUGAGGAAGCCCAAAAGCGGGAGAACAGGUCCGCAACAGUCACAAAGGCAGAAACAAUAACAACAACAACAAUACAGGAGAGGAGCAGUCACCGUGGGACACACGGAACCCAGCUGUGUGUGACAAAAACACAUCCUGGAGAUUUCCUCCAUCUUAUCCCUGUGGUCCUUCUUCAUCCUGCUCCUACAGCCCUGCUCUCCCCGGCUAUAAUUGUCAUCUGCCUCUAUUACAACAAUUUGAGACACAAUCUGAGCACACAUCUGGCCCGCCUCCGUACCAUGGACCCCCUUGUCCCUCCUGUCACCCUAAGACUUCAGGUCUGAUCCACAUCUCAGUAGUGGGUCCUGGUGGAGGUUUGGUGUGGCAGUACGAAACACAGGAGAGCAAUCUGUCAGAUAUGAACCCAGCAGCUACAGAUGACUUCAACAUCAGGAAUAUGAGCUCACC